GUUUGCACUUUUGAGAUGUUGGAUAGGAAGGAAGUUCACAAAGUGCUACGGAUGCUCGUCCGACCAACAUUUCUAUGUCCACGCACACGUAGUGGUGCUACCUGUCGGUUUUGCGCGCUCUGGGAAAAACCUUCUCAACACUCUCUGGUUGCCAGAUUAGACAUAGAGUAUGCCAGUUACGUUUCAAUAGCCACGCACACGCGGUGGUGCUACCUGUCGGUUUUUGCGCGUUCUGGGAAAAACCUUCUCAACACUUUUGGUUGCCAGAUUGACUAUUGA